AUGGAUCAGGAAGGUGGGGGAGAUGGGCAGAAGGCCCCGAGCUUCCAGUGGCGGAACUACAAGCUCAUCGUGGAUCCUGCCUUGGACCCUGCCCUACGCAGGCCUUCUCAAAAGGUGUACAGAUAUGAUGGAAUCCACUUUAGUGUCAACGACUCAAAGUAUAUACCAGUGGAGGACCUCCAAGACCCCCGUUGCCACGUCAGGUCCAAAAACAGAGACUUUUCCCUCCCAGUCCCUAAGUUUAAGCUGGAUGAGUUCUAUAUCGGACAGAUCCCACUGAAAGAGGUGACAUUUGCAAGGCUGAAUGACAACGUGCGGGAGACCUUCCUGAAGGACAUGUGCCGAAAGUAUGGUGAGGUGGAAGAGGUGGAGAUUCUUCUCCACCCCCGUACUCGCAAGCACCUGGGCCUGGCCCGCGUGCUCUUCACCAGCACUCGGGGAGCCAAGGAAACAGUCAAAAACCUCCACCUUACCUCCGUCAUGGGCAACAUCAUCCAUGCCCAGCUCGACAUCAAAGGUCAACAGCGAAUGAAAUACUAUGAACUGAUAGUCAACGGCUCCUACACCCCUCAGACGGUGCCCACUGGGGGCAAGGCCCUGAGUGAGAAGUUCCAAGGCUCUGGUGCAGCCACAGAGACGACUGACUCCCGCCGCCGCUCCUCGUCCGACACAGCUGCCUUCCCGGCGGGCUCGGCUGUGGUGGGCACUCCUGGCAAUGGCACCCCCUGCUCCCAGGACACAAGCUUCUCCAGCAGCCGACAGGACACCCCGUCUUCCUUCGGCCAGUUCACCCCUCAGUCCUCCCAAGGAACCCCCUACACGUCUCGGGGAAGCACCCCCUACUCUCAGGACUCUGCCUACUCCAGCAGCACCACUUCAACCUCCUUCAAGCCCCGGAGGUCAGAGAACAGCUACCAAGAUUCUUUCUCCCGCCGCCAUUUUUCCGCCUCUUCGGCCCCCACGACCACCUCUGCCGCCAUCUCCGCCACCACUGCAGCCACCGCCGCCGCCGCCUCCUCUUCUUCCUCCUCGUUGUCUUCGUCCUCUUCGUCGUCCUCUUCUUCCUCAUCCUCUCACUUUCGCGGUUCGGAUUCAAACUUCCCAGCGUAUUACGAAAGCUGGAAUCGCUACCAACGCCAUGCUUCCUACCCACCCCGCCGGGCAACUCGGGAUGAGCCCCCUGGGGCCUCUUUUGCUGAAAAUACCGCUGAGCGCUUCACGCCAUCUUACACCUCCUACUUGCCCCCCGAGCCCAACCGGCCUGCUGACCAGGACUACCGGCCUCCUGCCUCCGAAGCUCCGCCCCCAGAGCCUCCAGAACCUGGUGGAGGGGGAGGCGGCGGGGGGCCCAGCCCUGAGAGAGAAGAAGCUCGAACCUCCCCGCGCCCAGCCUCACCUGCCCGUUCUGGCUCCCCAGCCCCAGAGACCACCAACGAGAGCGUGCCCUUUGCUCAGCACAGCAGCCUGGAUUCCCGCAUUGAGAUGUUGUUGAAGGAGCAGCGUUCCAAGUUUUCCUUCCUGGCCUCUGACACCGAGGAAGAGGAAGAGAAUAGCAGCACGGGCCCCGGGGCUCGGGACACAGGGAGCGAGGCCCCCUCUGGGCCAGGUCACGGGCCCUGCACACCCCCUCCAGCCCCGGCAAGUUUUGAGGAUGUGGCACCUACAGGGAGUGGGGAACCAGGAGCUACCCGGGAGUCGCCCAAGGCCAACGGACAGAGCCAGGCUUCUCCAUGCUCUUCUGGAGAGGACAUGGAAAUCUCCGACGACGACAGGGGCGGCUCACCCCCUCCGGCCCCAACACCCCCCCAGCAACCUCCGCCCCCUCCGCCGCCGCCUCCCCCACCCCCUCCUUACCUGGCUUCCCUUCCUCUUGGUUAUCCUCCCCACCAGCCUGCCUACCUCCUCCCCCCGCGACCCGAUGGGCCGCCACCUCCUGAGUACCCCCCUCCUCCUCCACCACCCCCCCACAUCUAUGACUUUGUGAACUCUUUAGAGCUCAUGGAUCGACUCGGGGCUCAGUGGGGAGGAAUGCCCAUGUCCUUCCAGAUGCAGACCCAGAUGUUAACUCGGCUCCACCAGCUGCGGCAGGGCAAAGGAUUGACCGCAGCUUCAGCGGGUCCCCCCGGUGGGGCCUUUGGGGAGGCCUUCCUCCCAUUCCCACCCCACCAAGAGGCAGCCUACGGCCUACCAUAUGCUCUGUACGCCCAAGGGCAAGAAGGCCGAGGGGCAUACUCUCGGGAGGCCUACCACCUGCCUUUGCCCAUGGCAGCCGAGCCCCUGCCCUCCUCAGUCUCAGGAGAAGAGGCACGGCUGCCCCCCCGGGAGGAAGCAGAGCUGGCCGAGGGCAAGGCCCUACCAUCGGCAGGCACCGUGGGCCGUGUACUAGCCACCCUGGUCCAGGAGAUGAAGAGCAUCAUGCAGCGAGACCUCAACCGCAAGAUGGUGGAGAAUGUGGCCUUUGGAGCCUUUGACCAGUGGUGGGAGAGCAAGGAAGAGAAGGCCAAGCCAUUCCAGAAUGCAGCUAAACAGCAAGCCAAGGAGGAGGAUAAAGAGAAGACAAAGCUCAAAGAGCCAGGCCUGCUGUCCCUCGUAGACUGGGCCAAGAGUGGCGGUACCACCGGCAUUGAAGCCUUUGCCUUUGGAUCAGGACUGCGAGGGGCCCUGCGGCUGCCUUCUUUCAAAGUAAAGCGAAAAGAGCCUUCAGAAAUUUCAGAGGCCAGUGAGGAAAAGAGGCCCCGGCCUUCUACUCCAGCUGAGGAAGAUGAAGAUGAUGCUGAGCGAGAGAAGGAGGUUGGAGAGCCAGGCCGUCCGGGGACCAAGCCCCCAAAACGAGAUGAAGAGCGAAACAAGAGCCAGGGCAAGCACCGCAAGUCCUUUGCUUUGGACAGCGAGGGGGAGGAGGCAUCCCAGGAGUCCUCCUCAGAGAAGGAUGAGGAGGAUGAAGAGGAAGAUGAAGAAGAUGAAGAGCGUGAGGAAGCCAUGGAUACUGCAAAGAAGGAGACAGAAGCAUCAGACGGCGAGGACGAGGAAAGCGAUUCGUCCUCCAAAUGUUCUCUGUAUGCUGACUCAGAUGGUGAGAAUGAUAGCACGUCGGACUCUGAGAGCAGCAGUUCCUCCAGCUCCUCGUCUUCUUCAUCCUCUUCGUCUUCAUCCUCCUCCUCCUCCUCCUCAUCUGAGUCCUCCUCGGAAGAAGAAGAGGAAGAGGAGCAGCCAGCAACCAUACCUGCAGCAUCGUCACCCCCCAGAGAUGUCCCCACGCCCCUGUCAGCACCUGCAGAGGAGCCCGAGCCAGAGAGGGUUGAAGACUCCCCAGUCACACCUCUCCCCGAACAGGAGAAGUCUCCUGCAAGACCUGCAGGUUCCACCGAGGAGCCGCCUCCCAGUGCGCCCCAGCCUCCCCUAGAGCCACCAGCUGGACCCCCGGCCCCCACCCCCCGCCCUGACGAGCGCCCCUCCUCUCCCAUCCCUCUCCUGCCCCCACCCAAGAAACGCCGGAAAACUGUCUCCUUCUCUGCGGUGGAGGAGGCACCGGCCCCAGAGCCUCCCCCCGCCGCCCCACCACAGGUUAAGUCUCCCGGCCCUGCCUCCCGCAAAGCCCCCCGGGCUGUGGAGCGGACCAUUCGUAACCUGCCGCUCGACCACGCUUCUCUGGUCAAGAGUUGGCCGGAGGAGGUGUCCCGAGGAGGCCGGAACCGGGCCGGAGGCCGAGGCCGCCCCGCCGAGGAAGAGGAGGCUGAACCGGCCACAGAAGUGGACCUGGCCGUGCUGGCUGACCUGGCCCUGACCCCAGCACGGCGCAGCCUGCCCGCCCUGCCCGCCACCGACGACUCGGAGGCCACGGAGACACUGGACGAGGCGGAGCACCCGGGCCCCCUGCUCAGCCACAUCCUCCUGGAGCACAACUACGCCCUGGCCGUUAGGCCGCCGCCACCGCCCCCGCCGCCACCCUCCACGCCUGCCCCUCGGCCCCUGGAACCUGUUCCGGCCCCCGCGGCCCUCUUCAGCUCCCCGGCAGAUGAGGUCCUCGAGGCCCCGGAGGUGGUGGUGGCCGAGGUGGAGGAGCCAAAGCAGCCGCCACAGCAGCAGGAGGACGGGGAGGAGGAGGAGGAGGAGGAAGAGGAGUCGGAGUCGUCGGAGAGCAGCAGCAGCAGCAGCAGCGACGGCGAGGGCGCCACCCGGCGGCGCAGCCUCCGCUCGCACACCCGGCGCCGGCGGCCGCCCCCGCCGCCGCCGCCGCCCCCGCCCCCCACCUUCGAUCCCCGCAGCGAGUUUGAGCAGAUGACCAUCCUCUAUGACAUUUGGAAUUCGGGCCUGGACUUGGAGGACAUGAGCUACCUGCGGCUGACGUACGAACGGCUUCUGCAGCAGACUAGCGGGGCCGACUGGCUGAACGACACCCACUGGGUCCAGCACACCAAUAUCCUGAGCCCCAGAGGCUGGUCUCCUCAGGACAGGGAGACGGGCCUGGGGGUGGAGGUGGGGGUCCUCCCUGGGGUCGCUGGCCAGGCACUGUCCUGA